AUGCGGCAGGCGCCUGACGCACGCCCCGCGGCCUCGCGCGCUCUGCGGAAGGCGUCGGGUGAACGUCCACCUGACGAGGCAGGAGUUUGUCAGCUGGGGACACGAGCAGACGGUGGAAGCAAAGAGCGUGAAGGACGAGGGAGAGGCGGGCACGCCGGACAGGCAGAACCAGACGAGCCGCAGAGAACGACGCGCGGAUCGACGGUCGUAGAGGCGAGCGCUUCAUCUAUGCGCGUCGCGGGAGAAGACAUGCGACCGAAGUGCUUCCGUCCCUCUUCCUCAGAUGCCUCGCGCCAUGCUGUCGGGUCUUCUCCACUGUUGUCUCCAUGCCGUGUCUCUUCCUCGAUCUCUGCUUCUUCAUCGUCCUCGCCGGGAUCGCCUCUCCGACAAGCUCGCAGUGAGGUUGCCCCGUCAGUCGAGAGGCCUUUGUGUGCGGGCCGCGUCUUCGACCGGCCUGUCUUGGCCAUGCUCUUGGCCAUGCUGGCUUUCCUUCUUUCUCUGUGCGUUUCGCCUUUGCAACUCUCCCCAGCGGGUGUUUCGCCUCGCGUCGCAGGCGCUUUCGCUCUCGGAGCGGCAGAAGACGCCAUCGACCAGGGACAGGGAAUUGACUCUUCCUCCUUUUCGUCCUUCGCCACUUCUUUCUUUCCUUCCGUUCCUUCCUCUUUUUCCUUCUUUUCUUCCUACCCUUCGUUUUUUCCGUCCUUGGUUUCUCCUUUCCCUGGCGCGGACUCCUCUUCCGGCUCGCCGCAGUGCGUCUCGUCCUGUCCCUCCUCGGCUCUGUCCAGGCCCCAGGCACCUACUGCUUCUUUCCCUUCCGGAGACGACGGAAACACCGCGUCUCUGGGUUCCAAGCUUCCCGCGUCUCUCAGCCUCUGGCUGUUUCCUUCGUCCGUGAGUUCGACUCUCUUCUCCUUUUUCUCCUUUCUUCUUCCUCAGCGCGCACGCGAACCCAGAGCGGCUGCUCAGCCCCCGUGUCGCCCAUCAACCGCGCCGUGCAACGCGGAGUCUUCGGUCUGCUCCUGCCGUGCCUCUGGUGGUGCCGCUUCUUUUUUCCCUUCUUCGGAUUCCUCCCUCUCCUCCCGCUCUGCCUUUCUCCCUACUUUCUUCUCUCACUUCCUGCCAGGUGAAAAUGGAUCUCCGCUGGGCCUUGCCCCGCCGUCUUUCCCUGCCCUGCACAUCGCUGCGUCGGCCCUCGCGCUUCUCACCAGGGUGGUUCUUUCUCUCUUCUGGCUUCUCCUCUCCCUCCUCAGAUCUGUGCUCCGCAUCUUCUCCCUCUUCUUCCCUCUCUCUUUCGGGGCUGUCGCGACGCUCCUUGCGACGGUCAGCGGCCUCGCCUGGUGUUUCCUCGACCUCACAAAUAUGUCCAGAGUCAACCUCUACUUCUCAGGAGCCUUCAUGGCAACGACCCUUCAGCAGUGCGAGUUCGUGCGCCGCUCCUACCGCCCGCCGUUCUUCGUCUGCGCCACGGUCGUGCAGCAUUUGUUUCUUUUCCUGAGCAUCGUACCGCGACCAGCGGCGAAGGUUCCCGACCCUGGCGGGAAAUCGCCGGCCACGAGAAACCCGACUCCUUCGCUACCCCUCCCGCUCCUGCCGCUCCUCUCCUCCGGUGCCGACGCAGCUCGCCGCCAUCUCUCUUCUCUCUUUCGGCUUCUCGCAGCGCGUCUCCGUCCCUCCCCACAACGCAACAAAGCCCGACCGCCCUCAAACGCUUCGCCCCUCCCUUUUUUCCCUCCCGUCUCUUUCUCUCCUUUUUCUUCCCCUUCUUUCUCUUUCUCUCCUUCCUCGCCUUCUGCCGCAGCUCCCUUGUCUUCCGCUUCAUCCGGUCGUCUCUUGUCGGCGUCGCCGCUCUUUCGAUCGAGUCCUUUCCGGGCUGCGUUCCACGUCUUCUCGUCGCUCCUUUCGGCGCUGUGCAUGCGCCUUAAUUUGUUCGCCAACCUGCCACAGCGCCCGGCCUUGACUGCGCACCGGCAGCUGCUACAGCACCCCGUCACCGGCGCCGUCUCGAUCAUCGAGUGGCAUUUCCUCCCGAGCUUCUCCAUGGCUGCAACCGCCGCGCGUGCGCGCCGCGGCGCCCGCCGAGAAGCGCGGCGAACUCUGGGUGAGCGACGAAGUCCCAGCUGCGGGGCCGGGCCCCACGAGAGAACGCCCAACAGACCCGCGGACAUCGAGGCGCGCCGCUGUUUCGGAGCGAGCGACGAAGGUGGAAAGGGCCCUAGUGCGCGGGGGGCUGGCGAGUCAGACGCGCAGCUGGACAACAGGAACUCGACGCGAGCUGGACUUCAGAGACGCCGCGACGGCCUCGAGACGCCGGUCCGGAGGCUGCGCGCGGCCCCGGAUGCAGCAAAGCUGCAGCAAGCACGGACGGGGGCGGACGCGUCGCAUGCAGAGUCGCAAGCGCGGCGGACGAGGGACAGCGCGUGCAGCCGUCCGCGGCCCCACGAGGCGCCCGCCUCGCCAGCAGAGAGACGGGUCCCGCCCCACAGUCCCUACCUUUUUUUCCGCGGACUGAUUUUCAUCGUCGGCGACGAGUUCAUGACAGGCCUGGGAGGCGCGCACGCACGUUUUCCUUUCUCACAUGCAGAGGAACCAGUAGCGUCAGUUGACCGCGAGUGCGAAGGCCAGAGAGCACGUGAGAGAGGUGAGAGAGAACGUCAGGCCGUAAGCUUUGGAGGCGACGCUAGCCUGAGAUCGAGCAACAGAGCGAUCGGGGAGGCGCGGCACCGGGGUCAGCCGGCGAGAGAGCCGACAAUAAACAGACGCGAGAACGGCCUACCCCCCCACCCGCCGUGCUCUGUGCAAACCGCGUCGAUCAUCGAUGCCGCCGCUCGCGCUGGGUUCAUCUGCUGCGUCGUCCGUCUGAGUGCCCAUCGCGCGGGAACCGCCGCGGCGCUCCAGGCCUUUCUGAGUGGCGAGGAAAGGCGAAGAAGCAGGGAAGAGACGGGAAAGAGUCAGCGGGCGAAGGCGGACAGACUGAGCCGGAACGCGAAGCGAGACACGGGGGCGCGAACAAGCAGUGGUGGGGAGUGCUCCGGAACACCACGCAGGACGGCCGACGGCGACGGUAACGCCACAGCCAACCUCGGUUCGCCCAGACACGAAAUACAAGAAGAGGAAGAAGACGAAGGUUUUCUUCUACCGCCGUUGUCCAUGUGUGGAAGCGGCGCGCUCGUCGACGACCCAUCAGAGGAGUUACGCCUGGUUAUCUCCUAUGUCCAUUCUCUCUGCCCCUCGUUGCCGAUGACAGCCAUAGGACUGUCGCUCGGCGGCAACACUCUCCUGCGGCUGCUGUCUCCGGUGUCUCCGCCCGAGCGUCCCGCGCCGCCUGCAGGGCCGCUGGCGGCUCACUCUGCCUCUUCAUCGUCGUUCUCGCCCGCCUCGGCGCGUCAACGCUCUUCGCUGCGCCGCGGCGCGUCGUCGGCCUCGGUUGCGCCUCUGUGGGGGACUCCUCGAGGGCAGUCUUCUCUGCCUGACGUGUAUCUACAGCCGACGCUCCUGCCUCCCGGAUGCUGCUCGUGCUGCCAUGGCGAGGCUCCUUUCCCGUGUGUGACGACGACUGUGGCGCGCCUGAACCGAGACGAGGCGAGGCGAGUCAGUGCGCGGCGAGAGAGGGAGGAGACAGAGAAGACCUGGGGACCUCUGGAGGCGGACGGCGCUGUAGGCACUCCCGAGUCGUUGCCCGGGUCACUGGCCUUCAACGAGGCUCCUGAAGGAGACAGCAAGGAAGCCGAAGCGCCUAACGAUGCGCGUCGAGGCGUCGGCGCAAGCACACCUGACGGGGACGCCAACACGGCGCUGCAUGCCGUUUCGUCCAUAGCCCCGUUCGGACGUCAGACGGCGACGGAGUCGGAAGCCUUGCCCGCGGGGUCUGGUGGGCCUGAAAGGCCUCCGUGCAUGCAAGCGGAAGCGCGCGAGGAGGCGGGAGAGAGCCAACAAAUGGACGGGGGCGAGGCGUCUUUGAGAGACGCGACCUUGACGAAUCCCCCAGAGCGAGGACAAACAGGCGCACCUUUUGAUGCCUUCGGUCCCGCCGUGGCUGUCGCCACGCGAGACGAAGAAGGCCCGGAGCGGAUCCUGCAUGCAGCACCAGAAGCUGCGGACGAAGCAAAGAUAGAACGCGGGAAAUUUCUCGUGGAAGAUUUGAGGAGCGACGACGGCAGCUCCCGUGGUCCAGUGAUGACCCCACAACAGCCAGGACGCGACGGAGACACCUCGUCCGACCUCGAGGCUCUUCACGAUCCCCAGCCUCUGCGAAACGUAGACUCGAGUCUGGCCGGAGACGCAGGCGAGACCGGGGUAGAAGAAAGGUCGGUGAGUCGGGGCACAGCGGCGCGAGACUCGGCGAGUCGGAGACCUCCCCCUGUCGCCGAUGCAUUUGGGCGGGCUGACGAGCGCAGUCGGAGCAGCGAGGGGGCCCGCCAGGUGUAUGAGGACGAGCGCACUGGUCGCCGCAAGCGCGACGAGCGACGCGGGGUUGCCUCUUCGUGUUUGCGCGGCACAGCAGGACUUCCGUUUCCCGGCGUCUUGCCGUCAAGCGCCGCGCCGGCUUACCCGUAUCCGAGUGUCGCCUCGCCCGCUCCCCGCAGGCUCCCGGAAGACGAAGGCCCGCGUCGUCUGGACGAACAGGCGAGGCGCGACAAGGCCUCGGGUGCUCCCCCGCACCGCGGCGGGGGCGCGAGCUCUCUGUCAGUCUCCGGCGCCGCGGCGCUCAGCUAUCUGGGCGGGCUUUGGAGUCUCGCCUCGGCAGCCCGGGGCCCUCCGCAGCGCCCGCAGCUUCCCUCGUCUGGGUCCGCCUCGGCCUCGUCGCUUAGGCCUUCGGAGACACGCGACUCGGAUGCGCUCGGUUCCGUCCGAGAGACGGCGGAUGGCGCCUCGUCGAGCAGCUCGGUGGGGCCCUUCUUCCCGCGGCCGACGCCUCUGUCUUCUCUGCCUCGCAGCUCGGGGUCGGGCCGCCCGCACCCAGGCCUCGCCGCCUCCCCGCCGGCGCAGCUGCCUCACCUGUCUCUGGAGACGCACGCGGGGACGGAGGGCGGCCGCGGCGGCGCUUGGGAUCGCGGGUCCUCUGUCCCCGUGGCGUCCAUUCUCAGUGCCGUCGUCUGUGUUGGGCCUUUCCUCGAAAUGCACAGAUGCAGUGAGCGCCGGAACGCGUCCUUCGCGGGGCUCUUCGACUGGCUGUGCCUGACGGCCCUCGCCACGGACGGAAUUGUCUCCUGGCUUCAGGACCUAGCUAGCUGCCUCGCCGCUUUCUUCUGUGCGGGCCGCCCGCCGCGGGAACCUCGCCCUAGAAACGCGAAGCAGCGGACGGGCGAUUCGCCAGCUGGACCAAGGCCCCACGGGGACGAGGGGGCUGGCUGUGUGGCUCCCGUCGGCCUCUCGUCUUCGUCCGCGGGAUCUUCUGCGUCUCUGGCGGCUGCCCCUCCCGACGCAGCCGGCGAGACGACGGAAGAGUCUGCCCUCUCCCCCGAGAGCGGCAGCUCUCGGCCUCCAUCAGCGGGACGUUUUCGAGCAAGAAAAGAUGGAAGCGCGUUCCCCUGUCAGCCUGCAGGAAAGCCUUCGCGGCCUCCGCAGAGUCUCAUGGCACUUCCGCCCGCGCUGCCGGCUCACUUUUGCUGUCCGUGCUCUCUCCAGCGCUGGCUGGCUGCCUACGCGCAGGCGCUUUUCUUCGAGGGAGUGCCCGGCCAUUUGCGCCCCGGGGCCCCGAGCGGCGCUUCCGACCGCGCCGGGCCUGAAGCCUUGGCCUCCGUCGCGUGUGGAGACAAGGGGUACGCGGAGCGCAGGCCUCUCCUGGAGUGCCGGAGCAGCUACGAGGUCGAUUGCUGGCUGGCGGAAAAUGCGCUGCGACUCGACAGAGUCGAGUUGCUCUCGCCCUACGCCAGGGGCCUUCAGAGGAGCAGAGAGAGGCGCCGUGUGGCGCGCCCGUUCUCGCGACCCGCUGCGGGCGGCAGCCCCUUGCGCGCCGCCUCGCGAAGCGGAGCCUUGCCCUGGAGCCCAACUAACUGCGGGGCGGCGGUCGCAGGACGGCCAGCAGAGGCCUGGGGCGAGGUGGAGACGGAGGGGCUAAAGCUACAGGAGUCAGAUGGAGAGCGACGCGGACCACCAGGUACCGCUCUGGAGUCGGAGAGCGAGGGCGAACUCGACGCGGUCGGAGGGAAAUGGUGGGAAGGCGAAGACGACGUAAUCCACAGACGGCCAGGCGUCUACUGGAGACUGUCCCGGAGGUAUCCCGGGGGUGUCUCCGAAUUUUACGACGACUGGUCGCUAGGCGGAACCAGGCUCGACAACAUCCCCGUGCCGACGCUGAUUUUCAUGUCCAUGGACGAUCCCAUCAGCGACUUCGGCGCGGUCGACUUGUUCACCUGCUGUCGGUGA